AUGGAGCCUCACACAACCCGCUUUGACGAAACCAUGUUCAUCCCGGCCAAUGACUGUCCAAGUCCUGUUCCUAGUCCAGGUCCCAAUUCGCCUUCUAUGGAUAGGCCAGCCCCAUUUGGUCGGGAUCGGCCGUCCACAUCCACAUCCGAAGUGGUAUGUGAGCAAUCAGUGUGGGAGUCAGACUCGGAUAGCGAAGACGUGGAUCCGAAGUCGCGGUCGAGGAAGCCUAUCGAUACAUUGAAGAAGGUCCGCAGUCGCGUACAUCUAAGGGUGGCCAAGUCCGCCCCCAAGUUACAGAACUCCAACAACAGCCCUCAAGCCCUAGAGAAAUGCCCUACGACGCCUGACAAGCCGCUAGAAGAUCGUUGCCCACCCCCGGUCAGGUCAGCUGGGAAAUCUCGUUUUGCUCCCGAUAAGUUCCCAUCGGCACCCCAAACGGUGCGUAUCGUCGCCCCAUCGACCACAUCCCUCGUGCCUCCACGGACGCCUCGCUCCCGUCGCAACAGCAAAGUAGAGCGUCCAAACUUUGACAUCGAUCGAUCGACAGCAGCCGCGAUGCAGGCCAAAUCGAGGCGUAAGCCACGGUCCAAUUCGCCCCAUUCGUCCCUAUCCAGUGAAGGCGAUAAGAUACGGACGUUGUGCCGCGAAGAGCGAUCGGACAAAGCCAUCCAGAGUUUGUCACCUUUACGACAGCCUCUCUACAAACGUAUUUGGGAGUCGCUACGCGUGCUCGGGUGUCAUGGGGAUAUGCCACCUCCUAGGCCACGCAAGGCCAUGUAA